UUUAAGACCCAGGCGGAGCUCUGAUGCUUCAGAAAGCGAAAGGCAGUGCGGUUAAGCUAAUCAUGUGGCUGCGUAUAAUGUUUAUACUGUUGCUGGCUCAUUGCCUCUCGGCUUUGCCAGCUCCAGAGUUUGACGACCAGAACUCCAAGACUUGGAGUGCGAAAGAAGCCUGCAGUGAAGUUACAAUCACCACCAUAAUGGAAAACCAGGCUGAUCCAACUUGUAGAACCUACGUUUAUUGUUACGUGGUAAAUGGAUCAGUUGGAUCGUUGAUUAUGAGCUGCAAAAGCAACCAGUACUUUGAUCCCAAUUUGAAAAUGUGCAGGUCUGAAGUUCCAGCUGAAUGUUCUGCAGAGGCACCAACCAACUAAAUCCCACCACAUCUUCCAUGCCACUUUGAACUUCUGCAGCGCCAAUAAGCCAGAUUAUUGUAUCUGAAUUUCUUGGAACCCAAAGCUUAUAAAUGUUUCAUAUCUUGAUGCCAAUAAAAACUAAUUAAAAAUGA